GAUAGACUAUACAAUCGCAAGUCGCAAAAUCUUCCCUUCUAGAUGGCCCACUAGCGCCAACGAUUGAAACGCACGCACUAUAGCGUAUUACAAUGGACAAGUCAAAAAAUUCAAGCGAAACAAUAAAAAUGAAAAAAAAGGAGCCGAAAAAAAAAUUUAGCAUUUGGAAAAUAAUAAAAACUUAUUUUGAAAACUCAAGUCUUCAUGGAAUAGCAUAUCUUGUUGACGAAGAGCUUCACUGGUCAGAAAAAAUUUUUUGGAUGAUAGCUUGCGGUCUGAGUUGGUGGCUCUGUACUUCAUUAAUUAUGGGGAUUAUUUCUGACUUUACAACUCGUAAAGUGGCAAUUACAAUGGAUACAGAUUAUUUAAAAUGGGAAGUUAAUUUCCCAGCGCUUCAUUUUUGUUUUUCUUUCAGCUCCCGAGCCAGAGAUUAUGCAACAGAAAUUACAGGCAUCAAUCCUCGCAAAGCAUCAAUUCUAAGUCGUUUAAGCCACUGGGCUAAAAUGGGGUACGAUGGGUCACUACCAAAACCAAUAACAUCCGAAGAAUUUGUUCAAUUAGGAGAAUAUGUAAAACCCAACUGCGAUGAUAUUUUUGGAGUCUGCAUAUGGAAUGACGAAGUAAUUGAUUGCUGCAAGCUAUUUUUUCCACUAUCAACAAACCUCGGGCACUGUCUUUCAUUCAACAGUCUUCACUCAAAACUUCCCGAUGAUCCUCAUCUUCCUAAAUUCACAAUGGAUCACCAUAAAAAAAGUGCGAGAUUUAUAAUUUAUCCCAACAAAACAAAUUACUGGAGUGCAUCGCAUCCUUACUUUAACUUAAUGUUGACAAAUCAACUAGAACUUCCAACUGAAAAAGGCGGUCGUGAUAUAAUUUUAACAGUCCAGUGGGGCAAUCCAACUCCAACAGUCUGGGAUAUAACUCAAAUACCCACCUACAAUGAGCCUGGAAUUUCCUCUCUGUCCAUAGAAGAUCGUCGAUGUCGAUUUCCGGCAGAAGCUGAUAAUUUAUUUCUUCUAAAAACUUACAACUACCACGCAUGCAUGCUCGAGAGUCAAAUUAAAAAAUUUAACGAGAGCUGUGGAUGUGUAGGUCAUCUUUUUCCCUACUCAAAAGAAUUUAAAACCUGUAAUUCUACGGAACUUAAAUGUGGACUUGAAAACAGAGAAGCUAUUGUUCAAGUGGAAAACGAUAAUUGUUUACCAGAUUGUGAAGAAAUAAUAGUCAUUCAAGAUCGCAAUACUUUGGACAAAGAUAAUAUUCCAUCUUGGGCUGUAACUAAAUUAGAAUUUAAUAUGUUACCUGGACCAGUUAAGCGCUAUGAGCGAUACACUGUUUUUUCACUGCUAGAUGUUGUAGUUUCAGUAGGAAGCGCAUUGGGUCUCUUUGUUGGUGCAAGUGUCCUUAGCAUUGUUGAAAUUCCAUACUGGCUUUUCAUACGACGUGAUGCAGAUUAAAUUUUUUUAUUAAUAUCUUGACACACUUUCUGAUUUAUUAAGAUAUCAACACAUCAUUUUGAUUUACUAUUUCCGCAUUAGUUAUAUCAAUUAUAUUUUAUCCUAUAUUAAUUGUAAAUAUUUAAUUUAUAACUGAA